AUGGAUAAUCAAAGAGUAAUCUACACAGAACUGAAUUUGCCCUCAAAUCCAAAGAAACAGCAAAGAAAACCUAAGGGCAAUCUGAGCUCCAUUUUAGUAACUGAACAGGAAAUAACCUAUGCGGAAUUAAAUCUUCAAAAUGCUUCUCAGGAUUUUCAAGACAAUGACAACAUUUCCCACUGCAAAGAUUUAUUAUCACCUCCAGAGAAGCUCAUUGCUGCAAUCCUGGGAAUCAUCUGUCUUGCCUUAAUUGUGACCAUGAUAGCAACAGUUAUUAUUCUUUCUACUGCAACAAAGAAGCAGGUCAAUUCUUUCCAAAAUACAAGAACCCAGAAAGCAUAUAAUUGCAGUCGCUGUCCAGAGGAGUGGUUUACGUACUUCAACAGCUGUUAUUACAUUGGAAAUGAAAUAAAAACUUGGGAUGAGAGUGUGAUGGCAUGUGCGUCUAUGAAUGCCAGUCUGUUUUAUAUAGAUAAUGAAGAAGAAGUGAAACUUCUGGCCUCCCUGUUAUCUGAAGCAUGGAUUGGAGUCUCCCGUAGCAGCAGUGAUCGUCCAUGGAUGUCAAAGGGCUCAACGUUCAAACUUAAGUAA